AUGCCUUUCACUGCAUCUGAUAUCUGCAAGAUCAUCCUUGCCAUCAUCCUACCGCCUCUGGGUGUCUUCCUCGAGCGCGGAUGCGGUGCUGACCUGCUCAUCAACAUCUGCUUGACAAUCCUGGGUUACAUUCCUGGUAUCAUCCACGCUCUGUAUAUCAUCUUCAAGUAUUAA